AUGUCGUUACCUACGUUCAAAGGAGAAUAUUCCGAGUUUAAAAACUUUAUGAGUCUGUUUGAGAGUUUCGUGCACAAUGAUCCCACAAUCCCGGAUAUUGAAAAAUUUAAUCAUUUAGUAUCAUGUCUAUCCGGUGAAGCCUUAGGCACAGUGAAGUCCUUCCAAAUGUCGGAAGAAAAUUAUCCAAAGGCGUUGGCAAGUUUGACAAAGGUGUAUGACAAUAAAUGCCUGAUAUUCUUUAAUACAAUGUCUAAGCUUUUUGAAUUGUCAAAAAUCCAAAGGCCUUCUGCGUCGUCUUUGCGAUCAAUGACUGAUACAGUGUCUGCAGUAUAUGACUCCCUUUUAUCGCUGGGUGACGAUAAGCUUAUUUCAAAUGCGAUGUUGAUUCACAUAGUCAUGUCGAAGGUUGAUCCCACUACUCGGUCAAAGUGGGAGGAGCAACUUGACUAUGAUAAGCUGCCGCUUUGGGCUGAGUGUGAAGCUAUGCUAAACAAGAGAUACCAGCAUUUAUCAGCUGAAGAAGCUUCUUCAUCUCAACAAAGGCCAAACAAUGAAGAUGCGCGGCAGAAAACAAAAAAUCAACAACUGCGAAACUCAAAGACAACAUUUAUCGCGACGAAUUCCAAACUGCCGACUUGCCUUCACUGUGGUUCUAAUGAUCAUUAUUUGACAGCUUGUCCAAAAUUCCGAGCGCUUACUGCACUUAAAAGAUUUGAAUUUGCAAAAUCUAUUUCCCUGUGCAUAAAUUGCUUGCGCAAGGGACAUACGGUCUCAAAGUGCAAAGCAAAUCGCUGUGGUGUAUGCAACCGUUCGCAUCACACCAUGUUGCAUCAAUAUCCGAUCUCCUUUGAGACCGCGCCGCAACCUUCGACGUCACAGGCCAUGCAUAUUAGCAGCCUGCCUGACCGAGUCAUGUUAGCUACAGCCGUAGUUAAUGUAAAGGCCAGCUCCGGUGUUUACGUGCAAGCGCGAGCUCUACUUGACUCCGGUUCUCAAGUCCACUUUAUGACCGAAGAGCUUAUGCAGAAAUUGUGA